AUGGACCUCCUGCAGCAGCCAUCACUAUAUGGCGGGGGAGGUUCUCCGUCGUCCGCUGCCUUCCCUGAUGUUUCUCCUUUCUGGAAGAAUGCCUUGGUUUCCGCAACGAUAGGCGACGAAGAAUCGGGCUGUGACGGCUCGUCGACGAGUGGCGGAGGAGCUAGUACUGGGAGAGACUCCGAUAAAGGCUCGGUGACGCGGACCUUUGCGCGAUUCGAAUCAAUCACCGCGUUAAAGACGAGUGAUGAGAAAGGUGGCGGACGCGACGAGACAAAGCUGGAGGAGGAGGCUUCCGAGCACGGGGAAUGCGGCGGCGGCGCGGUAUAG